CCACCCACAUUAAUUGCUUGCAAGGAAACGCAAUCACCUUCGCCCCUUCAAUCGACUGAGCCAUGCAUUGAGAUUCCGCGUCCCCUGGUUUCGCAACCACCACACAAAUUAAGUUCCGAAAGGGAUUCACCGAAUGGUAGUAGUCACAAUGUUGGUGGAGGUGGAACUUUGGAACUCCCUCUUACUCCCCCUCGAACACAGCCCCCCUCUGACGAUGAAACUGACUCUUCAGGCCCAAAAAAAUCGUUUUAUUCUGUCACAGAGCUCUCUGUGGCCCUUUCCUCACUGCUUCCCGAUCAAAUCGUCGCCGCCAAAGAACGGUGCUUACGCCUCCGCUACCCUCCGACGCUUGCUGCGCUAAUGCAGAAGGAUCAACUCGCCUCCAAAAAAGACCUUGUGGUAAAUGUGGGAAAACAGACAAAGCCACGGUCAUAUCGCCCUACGCGUGACACCGGUUUUUUAGAGAUUGACGCCAGUCACUUCGAUUAUACCCUAGUUAACCUUCCUGACAUGAAGUCAGUCAAAUCGGAAGGCAGUGACAGAGGCGGUGUGGAGGCCGUGCCUGAAGUCUCUGCUACUAGUGGCAGUAGCGGGAGUGGAAGGAGUACGCCCACCAGAGUUUCUAAACGGAAAGCGUCAAAACGACCCACGAAUAAGUCUGUGAUAUCUAAUCAGAAAAGAUCAUGUAAACGCACCCGAAUAGAAGCCUCUCAGCCUUCAACGGGUGUACAAUCGCUCGCGAGUGACGUAUUAAGCAAUGCGGACGAUAGCGACAUGCAAUUUUCUGAUGGUGAGGGCAUCGUCUCUGUAACAGAAGCUCCACGGAGUCUUCCUUUGACCCAUUCAUCGCUGGCCUCCGAUAAGCAGUCUCCCUUGUCUCUCACAGAACCCUCUGCAACCUUAGGUGUGCAGGACUCUUCGACCGCACCUACGAUGCUAAAGCGCAACAGACGCUACUUUAGCCUAUUACCACCCGUCCAACGCCCCCCAACUGACAGACCCGCAGAACCAAACUCUCCAUCCCUUCAGCAAUCGAUGCCGCUAAUAAUUGACUCCACAUUAAGCACUUCGCAGCGACGCUCAUCUCUGAAAAAGCCAACUAAGCUGUCAGUUUCACGAAUGGAAGCCAUCCGCUCGAAGUGUAUUGAGGGCAGCAUUUACCUGGACAAGUUUUGCCAACAACUCGUCGCCUGUGGAAUCGGCUGGACGAAGGCCCUGGAGAUGUCGGCGAUGGCUGUGAGCAGCGAUUUCCUCGUCCCCAGCCCCUGCCCCUUCGGAAGGCCUCACUUGGUGUCGCCGGGUAUGGCGAAAGACUCCCCCCGUGCCGACCAACUCCUGCUAGUUGGCGAUGCCCUUCGACUCAUAGCCCUUGCGAGCAACGCCGAGGAAGGAGACCACCAGAACGCCCUGAACUGCCUCCGCCAGCGUUGCCGCCAAGAGUGUUUGUCGAUUCAGCUGGAUGGUGUGCGCGUUCGAACGCCGAAGGGCCUCCAGGUCGUGCCCUCUGAGUGGACUUCUCUGCUGACCAGUUUCACCGUCUGCCUCCCCGUCUUCCUGUGGCUACCGGUUGUCGUCGCUCCACAUCAGGAGAUUCUCAAGCCACUUUUCUCGCUCGUGAGUGCAAGUCCGCGUCGAGGGGCCGCCAGUUGGACGUCGGCGUGUUCGGCGGAGGAACUGGCUCACCUCUUGCUCGCUCUCUACCCGUCCCUCUCCAUCCCCGAUCCGCUGCAACUAACGAACCACACAUCCUCCAACGGACUACGCGACUUCCUCGCCUUAGCGUCGACGCCAUUUGUCAAAUGGUCCAAUGUUUCUCUGCCAACCGCCGAUUCGCCUUUGACAGCGCUUGUGGAAAUGGUUCCACGGCGUCUCCACCUAGUGUGUCGGAUGUUCUCUUGCUCACAGCCGGCGAAUCUUGCCGGACUCGGUCUCAUUGCACUCCUCUUCAAACGCCUCUUUAUGCACUUGUUUGUGAACGCAGAGAAGGUGGGCAGGGAUCGGGUAACUGUGCUCCGACAUUCCCUGCGUCUUAUGGAGUCGGAUGACGAAGAUCACCUCAUCGCGGCUGAUACCUUUUCGCACUUGGAGGCCAUCCACGUGCGUGUCUCUGAGUGUCUGGGCUGCCUACGGAACGCCUUCCCGCAGUUAGUUUCCGCCGGCGCCUGUCUAACAGCACUGCACCGCCUCAAAACGGAUCCGUCGCCGACUCCAGCCGAUGUCGGGCGUUCGCGUCUUUUCGACUCCGCCCAAGACGCCCGUGAUGCCAUUUUGACUGCUUUUAAGGCGAAAAUGCACCCCUGCCUCGUGGCGCUCUUCGAGGCUCUCGAUUCGGCGUUCGCCUUCUUCAACGCGGUGAUCGAUCUGGACUUGUUCAUGUUCAAACAGUCCCUUCGAAUGAAGACCUACAACAAUGCCUGCCAUCUCUUGCGCACUGGCAUCAUGACGCUGAACAUGCUUGAACAGACGAGACUCCGGCGAGCACGGAAGAAGGACUCUGAUGUCAAUCGGCUGCUCGACCCCGUCAGACUCUAUCGGGCCAAGGUGGUUAUGCUAAGGCCCCCGUGUUUGUUGAGCGUAGUCGAUAGAUUGACACAUCAGUUAAAGAUAUUUCGACAGGUCAUUCUGUCCUCGCGUCAACGCCUCUCAGAAAGUUGGUGGCCCGCCUUCACGGCCAGUGCUAUUGACGAAACCGCAGCAACGCGAGUGCAACAGUUUGUCGCUGAGAUGCAGGCCUGCUUCGACACGAUUGAACUCUGGUCUCGCUGUGUUCAUGAUUUCGAGCUGAAGAACGUACCACAGCGUAUGUUGAGCCUCCUUGUGCAGGACGUGGGUGAAAGUGUUUCCGGCCUAUCCGAGUUGGAUGUUUCUGCUGGCCAACAGCUUCAGAUUCCGUUCGGGUCGAAAAACACGUCCAACAUCGAGUUGUCCCCAGGCCUCAUCUCAGUACCUCCACUUUCUCUCUGUCCAUCGUUUGAAACCGCUAUUGGAGAUGGCCAAAACUCAACUACCGCCACAGUUGUCGUCACACCGAACCCGAAUGCCGAAUCGACUUCAAACUCCGAGUACUGCACUGAACUACUGGAGAGUGCUUUCUCUGUUAGCGACACGGAAUCGGGCGUAUCGCCUCCAGCAAUCAGCGAAUCAGCGGAGAGUCAAGGUGAGCCGAAAUCUGGUGCCUCACCCGUAGAAACAGAGAAUUCAACACUUCCCGAUCCCGCCGCUGCAGCCGAACCGCCAGCUUCGGCUUCGUUGAGUGUCGAACAGCCAACGUCACACUCCCCGAAUGAGAAACGAAAACGCCAGGUUGUGGUAACGAUGACAACGGACACUUCUAUUGGAGUAGAAUCAGGUCACGCGUCACCAAGCUCCACACAGUCUCGGGACGAGGAAACUGUCUCGGUUCGCGAAGCCAUUUCACCCCCGCCACCCGCAGCUUCCAAGCGCGUUAUAAUCAACGUUGCUGGAGACGUGUUGACAACCACAGACUCGGCAGUUGAAGGGCCUGUUUCCAGAAAGGCGUGUGGUGUUGAUCGACGAACUCUGGGCAGACUGAUGAGAUACCGGAAGAUUCGAAGUCAACGGACCUCCAACGCGGGUGGCGCGGACUUGCGCGGGACCAACAAGUCAGCUCUUCGGCUCCUGACAGCAAUGCGGAAGCGGUCGGCUAAGCGACGUGCUCUUCUCUCUCGAUCAUCUCCUGCUUUUAAUCCCUCUGAUUUUGUAACCAACGCCUUGGGUGACACAGCGGAGACUUGA